GCUUCAGCUCUACUUUCAACUGACUUGUCGUCUGAAUCGACUAGCUGUGUUAUCUAAUAAAUAUUAUAUUUAUCAACUGGAGAUUAGUUGAAGUUACCCUUUUAAAUUUUCUUUGAUAAUGUUAAUAAAUGAACUUCCAGAUGAUUGUUUGUUGGCUAUUUUUGAUUACAUACAAGAUUUAGAAGAUUUAAUAAACUGCUUCAAAGUUUGCGACAAAUGGUGUAAUUUGAUUGUUGGUCGGACUAAAAAAAUUAAAUAUUUGAUUGAUCAACCAAGUUAUUCGCAUGAUUAUUUUUGUUUCCACCUUAAGGAACUAAUUAAUGUAACCUGUUUGAGCAGAUUGUUUCCAAAUUUAAGGAUUGCUGAAUCUUAUCAUCCACCCUAUGGAGAUCAAACACCAAUCGAAGAUUUUGCUAAACUAAUCAGAGAUUCAGAAUCUUUGAAAGGAAUAAUUCAUGGUUCUUGUUACGUCUUGGAUUUCGAACUAAUGUCGGAAUAUGCUAACCUCGAAAUGUUAUCUACCGGAUCUAUAAGGCCGAACCUAAGUAAAAUCAAUGAAAAUGUGAAACAAUUGCACCUUACGACCACUACUCUGGAUAUUUUGCAGCAAAUCGCCCAUUAUUUUCCAAAUCUUGAAAAACUACAUACUUUUACAAUUAUUCACGGUAGCGCUAGAGAUUCUGAUGAACAAGUAUUGCCAAAUCUUAAAAUACUCGAAUUAGAAGAUUGUGCAGGCUGUUGCCAUUCAUUUCUAUUCAUGGAUUCGUGCCCAGCAUUGCAGAGUGCUCAUAUCACAAUUGGUAGAACACAUAUUACCAUCAAUGAUUCAAUAAAAAAUUUAAACUUACGAGAUUUAGUUAUACACUCUUACGAACCAAUCGAAUGGAAUGUAAUAUCAAGAUGCAUCUCAAAAUGUCCAAAUCUAAAGCAUUUGGCAAUACGAGGUACCUAUUUAAAAGAUGAACACAUCCAGCAAUUGAUAUUAAUUUUGCCCAAACUGACACUACUUGAUGUUCGUAAAUCUCGUGGAGUCACUCAAGAAGCUGCUGAUCAUGUUCGGGACUACUGUAAGCAGUAUGGCCGUUCAAUCAAGUUUUAUUUCAAAAAAGACGACAAACAAAUUGAAUCUGAUUGGCCGCAGUUAUUGAAUCGACCUGAUAAAGUUUGUCUUGGAUUUGAUUUCAUGGAACAUUGCUUUUUCAAAAAUUUUAAUGAUUUGCCUCAUUUUUUGGAUCCAGUAGAUGAUUUAAAAUGCAAACGUUAACACUAUUGUCAUUCCUUUGCAUCUAAUUUUCAGCUGUUGCAUGUACGAUAUUGAAAAAAAUGUCUUAUACCUUGAUAUCUCACUCAGAUCGUAAUUUUCGAUCUUAGAUGGAAUUGAUAGGCAUUACACGUCGCAGUGCUGGGUAACCACUUUUCUUAAAAUAUUGAGAUUCAAAGUUUUUAUUUUUCAAUUAGGAACCUAUUGAUAAAUAUUAUAAAUGAUUAAUUAAUGCCAUUCUUAUUCAAUAUUGGAUUGCAAACCUUUAAGAUUCCGAGCGAUGAUAUAAUAUUUAUC